AAUAGGAGACGAAGCCUGCUUUCGCGCUCGGCCUUUCGCGGCUGAACGAGCGACCAAUAGGGGCCGCGGGAGCUGGAGGCGGAGCAGCAGCAGCGGCGGGGCGCUCGAGCGACUGCAGUUGAGGGAGAGUCAGGCCCGGACGCCUGGGUCCCUUCCCUCCCCUCUGUGGGGAGGACAUGUCCCACCAGGAAGCGAUGGACGUGGACCUCGCGCCGGCGGCCGAGGAGCCCGAGUCGCCAGCCGCCGCCAGCCGCCUUCAUGAACCGGCCGCAGCAGACGGGGACGCCUCGACGUCCGGGGCGCCUCGGCCGGCGGCUUCUCGCUCUUCAUGGGGCGCCUUCGUUGGGGAGCGCGAGCCGCGGAGGCCGCCGCCGCCUCGGGCCAGGAGGAACCCGCCUCGGCAGCAGCAAGGACCGCGCGCUGCCUCAGCCGCCUCCUCCUCCUCCCAACGGGCCUCCCGAGCCAGGUCCACAGCACCAUUGGACAGUUAUUUCCAGAUCAACAGGACCCAAGCAACAGCAGCAUCACACAUCCUAGCAGGUCACAGUGGGAACAGCUCAGAUGAAACUGUGGUUCUAAGUGAUUCUGAGAGUAACAGCAGCAGCAGCUCCACUGAGGAGGAAGAGGAGACAGUGGAUGCCCUUGAGGAGGCACCUGGGCCAGCCAACUUGGGAGUUUCUGAUGCAACCCAAAUGGAGCCUCCUGGAGGGGAUUCUGUUGGACCAGAGCAUCCUGAUGCUAGAGGUGCCACUGCCCUCCAGAAGAAGACAACUCCAUUAAAGAGAACUCACCUAGCUGCUCCUCUGGCUCCUCUGGGUGAGGAAGAGGAGAGUGGUGAUACCUGUGCCAUCUGCUUUGAAGAGUGGACAAAUGCUGGGGAGCACCGUCUUUCUGCACUGCGGUGUGGGCAUCUCUUUGGCUAUAGCUGCAUUGAGAGGUGGCUGAAGGGACAAGUGGGCAAAUGCCCACAGUGUAAUAAGAAAGCCAAGCGCUCGGAUAUAGUAGUCCUUUAUGCUCGUACUCUGAAAGCACUGGACACCACUGAACAGGAACACAUGAAAAGCUCUUUAGAGAAGGAGCAAAUGCUACGAAGGAAGGCAGAGCUGGAAUCCGCACAGAGCCGCCUCCAGCUGCAGGUCUUGACAGAUGAAUGCAGUAAACUUCGGCAGCAAGUUCAGGAAUUAAAGGCCCUGAUGGCUCGCCACAACACCCUUUCCUCUCAGCAGCCCAGCAACUCUCGCUCAUGCUUUCCAGGCUGCCUCUCCUCCAGCCAGGGCCAGCACAAGUACCAUUUUGAGAGGGCCACACUAGUGUCUCAGGUGGGCAACUGCCGGGUUAUGGCAUACUGCGACCCACUGAGCUGCCUUGUAGUGUCACAGCCAUCUCCACAAAGCACCCUCAUUCCUGGCUGUGGAAUUAAGAUGAUGAGUGCAGUCAACUCAAAGAGCAGCCAAUAUGUCCCCAUCCACAGCAAGCAGAUCCGGGGCUUGGCUUUCAGCAACCGUGCAGAUGGCUUGCUAUUAUCUGCUGCUUUAGACCAUACCCUCAAGCUUACCAGCUUGACUACAAACACCGUUGUGCAGACGUACAAUACUGGUCGACCUGUCUGGAGCUGCAGCUGGUGCCUGGAUGACACCAACUAUGUCUAUGCUGGCUUGGUCAAUGGCUCUGUCUUGGUGUAUGACCUACGGGACACAAGCUCUCAUGUCCAAGAGCUUGCUCCACAGAAGUCCAGGUGCCCUGUGGUGUCCUUAUCUUAUCUUCCCCGAAUGGCCUCUGCCUCACUGCCCUAUGGUGGACUGGUAUCUGGGACACUGGAGGGAGCCUGCUUUUGGGAACAAAAGGCCAGUGGCUCUUACCGGCCUCACCACCUCCUCCUGGAACCUGGAGGUUGCAUUGACCUUCAGACAGAGGCCAGCACACGGCACUGCCUUGCAACAUUCAGACCCAAUAGAAACAACAACUGUUUACGGUGUGUGGUGAUGGAGCUGACCUCUACUCAGCUGACUGAUGGGACUGAGGAUGUGAUCUGUUCAUGUCGUCCAGUUCAAACUCUUACUGCGGGUCCAUCGUGCAAACUCCUGACCAAAAAUGCCAUCUUCCAGAGUCCUGAAGAUGAUGGCAGUAUUCUUGUGUGUGCUGGGGAUGAAGCAUCAAACUCUGCCAUGCUCUGGGAUGCAGGGAGUGGCUCCCUGCUGCAGAAACUCCCUGCUGACCUUCCUGUGUUAGAUGUCUGCCCUUAUGAGGUGAACCGCAACAGCUUCUUGGCUACCUUGACAGAAAAGAUGGUGAAGAUCUACAAGUGGCAAUGACUGUCUGCUGCAUGCUGCCCCAAUGAGCUACUCUCUGAACUGAACCAAUUUCCCACAAACCAGCUCUGCUGCUAACUGGAUUCUAGCUGCCUUGAGUGCACCCUGCCAACAUUGCAGCACAAGCAAAAUCUUGCUCCUUAGAACAGCUCUCUCCCAUGCCCAGCCCACACAUUUGUUCCUUUUUAAAUUUAUGGAUUCUUGUUUCCACCUCAUCUUAAAGGAAACUACUUUUACCUUAUUGUGGACCCUGUGCUUUUCUGGCUUUACUGCCUAGGCAGAUGAUGGGGCCCUUCUGAGAAAGAUUUGGCUGCCAGUUUAUAUUUCCUGGAAACUUACCAUUGACCUUGGAUGAAGAUCAUGAUCUCUGCUCUUCUUGUGAUUUUGGAGGCUUGUGGCAUGGGCAAUGCUCCUUUAGCAGAAGACUGCUUAAAUUUUUGUUUCAGGCCAUCUCAUCAUAAGAAGAUGGGACCUUGUCUGAAGUGAGCUGUUCAAGUUACCUCUCUGGACCAUGACUGGGCUUGGUAAAAGGUGGUGGUGAAGCCUGGUGGGAACUGGCUGCUAAAAGACAUUGUGAAUAAGAAAAUAUAAUUGUGGCCUGAUGAAGAAUGGGCAACUUCAGGUAUAAAUAUGUUCCUGUAAGACUUCCCAUAGACCUCCAUUGAGAACUGGACAGAGUGCUGUGCCUGACAGAUCAUUGGGAGUUGAAACAUGAAGCAAUUUCAGAACUCUACCAACUCUAUUGACAGAAAAAACCAUUUGCUGGGAUUGUUGGUGAUUCAUCUUCCGCUAUCAAUCAAAAUAGGAUCAAAUAUUUCAUGUAUGUAUUCUUGUCCAAGGCUAGCGAUCAAGAGAGUGAUGCAAAUUGCAAGACCAAUGAGGGUGGUUUUUUUUUUUACCUUACCUGAAGCCAGUAGAAAUUGCACCAUUAUGUGCUGCCUGAACUGAUGGGUUACUAUACAGAAUUACAGAACAACAUUUCUAAAGUUUAACUGUAUGACCGAUCUGUCUAAAAAUGUACAUGUUUCAAUUGAACUGUGCUUUGUGUGUGUGAUACUACUUUUAUAUGCAACAGGAAGAAUAAAGAAUGUUUAAUAUAUACAA